GCCACCUUCAGCGCCAUAAAAGAGUACAUACUGGUAUAAAACCAUAUAUAUGCGACAUCUGUCAGAACGCCUACGUUGAUUUGUCAGCUUUAAUACGUCAUAGAAGGACACACACUGGAGAAAAACCCUAUCACUGUGAUAUUUGCAACAAGUCGUUCACCCAGUCAAGCAAUUUUGUUUUUCAUAAAAGAAUACAUACUGGAGAACGACCGUAUUUGUGUGAUGUUUGUGGCAAAAGGUUUGUAAGAUCGUGUGACUUGUUGUGUCAUAAGAGAACGCACACUGGAGAAAAACCGUACACGUGUGAAACAUGUAACAAGUCGUUUUCCAAAUCCAGCAGUUUGGUAGAUCACGAACGAACACAUACCGGGCAGAAACCUUACCAAUGUGAUACAUGUGGGAAAUCGUUCGUGACAUCGAGUCAUUUAGUCACACAUAAAAGGACACACACUGGAGAAAAACCUUAUAAAUGUGACGUUUGCCAAAAGCAGUUCACGACGUCGAGUGCUCUGGUGUGUCACAAGAGAAUACAUAAUGGAGAUAAACCUUAUCAGUGUGAUUUAUGUGAGAAACGGUUUUGCCAGUUAAGUCAUGUGCUGUCUCAUAAAAGGAGAAACCAUGGUGUACAACCAUAUAAAUGCGAUAUUUGUGGUGAAUCUUUUACCGUAUCAAGCCACUUGCUGCACCACAAGCAAACGCACUCUCAGGAGAGUUCAUUUCUAUGUCAUAUAUGUAGAAAGGAUUUUCCUGAUUCAUAUACUUUAGCAUGUCAUAAGCGGUCACAUACGGAGGAAGAGCUUGUGUGUGAUACCACUUUCGUGAAGUUUGGUCGUUCUUCAAAAGCAAGUGACAAGGUUCGUGUUAUAACUUCCACAGAAUUUCAAGAGACUGCAUGCCAGAACAUGAAAAGUGAUGGUGAUACUGGCACACCGAGUAUGAUGGAAAGACAAAUACGAGAGGAGUAUGUGAAACCAGAGAAAGCUGAUGAUGAUGAGCAGUCAUCGUCUUUGAAAUCAUAUGUGCCUGAGCAUGCUCGACCAUGUGGCUCUAAAGUUGGAAAUACAGAAUAUACAGAUAAAACCUGUGUGUGUUUUCAAUGUAAUUCAGGUUUUUCAUCACCGUUACAAGUACAAAAUCAUGUUUGUGGUAAAACACUAAAUUCCUUCUCUCCUUUGGAACAAAAGGUCUCUGAGCUUAUUAAAAAAAAUAAUGCCAAAUUUGAAUUGGCAAUACGUAAACAAAGUGGAUCCAACUUCGCAGGAUUCCAAGGCACUGUCACUCAGACCACAAGCCAUCAUUCUGAUUCCCAUUCACAAGGUAAUCUGGGAAAACAUUACCACGGAUAUGAUGAGAUUUUCUGGAAUUCUAGAGUGCUGUAUGAUGAAAACCACAACCAAAGUAACGACAAUGAACUGGAAUCAUCUCAGGAAUGUUCUGAUACUACCUUUGUAUGUUCACAAUGUAGUUCAUGUUUUAACUCCGUAAAUUUGCUGGAAAAGCAUCAUUGUAUCGAAACGAACAUAUGUAAAAAAGAAUAUGAUAAUUCCAACGUGUAUAAACAGUGCAUGCAUACUAAAGGAAAACCAGACAGCUCCAAAAUGGACACGUUUGUAAGUGAUGUAGGCAUAACGUGUGUUUGUUCUCAGUGUGGUUGUUAUUUUCACUCACAAUCUCUAUUAGACGAACAUUUGUUAUAUUGUCACGGAUUUCAAGUGAAGGUACUCCCUGAUAACACUAGUAGUAGUACUUGUCGUUGAUGGUUACCAAUGGAGUAUAUACGUGGAUUGUCAAAAAGGUUUCUAUUUGAGUUGUAAAUGUACAGUUAUAAAAAUGGCGACGAACUGUAAUAUAUUGUCGAAUUUUCUCAGUUUACGGAUUUUUGAGAAACAUUUAAGAAAGUAAAGUAUAUAAAAGAACAUUAAGAAACGUGGAUGUCCUAGCUUUGUGUGUAUUUCAAAUUUUGUUUGGUUGAUUUGAUUCUGUUAAGAUGUAUAAGUAUAUAUGCCAUCAUUACGUUGUAAUAUUUUACAUAUUUUGUCAGAAAUAUAUUUCAAAUUUAUAUCUUAAAUUCUGGUACGGUAACAAUGUUCAUUUGAGGUGUCGAGUAACACCUAUUUUGUGCUGUGCAAAUCGGUUUCGAACCGAAUCUUUAUUUCAGUUUGGUAUAGCUACUACAUGCAUUUCAAAAUUAACACACUGUGCCUCGCAUAUGAUCAGUGGAAACCUCUGCAGAGGAGAGAACCCAGGUGCUUGGAUUUCCAAACACCUAUAGGCGCUAUAUAUUCAUCGUGAACAACGUUUUUAGUUACCUACUUUGGUCUUUGGCCGUGGUAUUCAAUAGGGGGAAGUGAUCGUUCCCUCGAAACACUUGCAGUGCAUGACUGAAGAGUGAGGGCCUGCCAAAAUGUUUGUUAAACGAAUGGUGUUGUCUAAAUGGACUGCCCCCUCAGCCGGAUAAAAGCUGAGUUGGUCCACCCCAGGACAUCAAAGUUGGUGAUGGGAUUGGAAGUUGAUUAUGAACUAAGUUGAAUUUUCAUGUUUCUGAAGUAAUUAAAUCAUUUAGUGAAAAGUUGACUCAAAAGAAUCAUACCUCCUGUCGAUCAAAGCCAGGAAGGAUUUCUAUUUUAAGGUUAUAACUCCCAUAGCACCGAACUUCGUGAAAGUGGCCGCUCGAAAAAUAUUUUCCUUCCUUAUAUAUUUCCCAAAAUUCAUGUCAACGGGGGGGAGGGCAAAAUUUUCGAAACACAUUAACACAUUUUGAAAACGUAAUGCGCGCCGCUUUUCCCCUUAAUCAUUGUCCAAUUUUUACGUACGAUAUGCCCGACUUUUACGUACAAACUGCCCGACUAAAAAAAUGUUGGGGGGUUGGGGCUGCAGCGCCCCCCUCUCGUACGCCUAUGAUAAUACCAUUCCUAACCUAUGGACUAACGUUCGUGCUGCUAAAAUGAUCUACCAACGAGACUGGUGGACUCCAAGCGAUCAAAUACUGGGAAUGGCCAACACACACUAUCAGAGAUCACUAACAGAUGAACUCCAGAUGUUUGUUAUGUUUAGCCUUACCUGAAUCUAAUUAUGUUAGAAACUCAUGAUCAAUGUCGACAUAUCGUAUAGUUCAGCAAGUAUGUGGAGACUGGAGACAAAGGACUGGAAUACUGACAAAUGAACAGAAUAGUAUAACGAAUAAUAACAAUAUCGUGUUUUUUUUUUAUUUAGGUCUGA